GGUGUCCGCUUCCCCCUCGCGGCGGCUCCUCAGGGUGGGGGUCCGGUCCUGGCCGUUCGCCCAUUCCACUCCCUUCCCUCACGGCGACCACCGGCCCCAUCCCCGGAGCUCCCAGAUACCACUUGGGGCUCCUGCUGAAGCUCUGCUCCUCAGAGGACUCCGGCCCCGUCACCCCGGGGUUCUCGCAGUGCUCUCCAGGCUCUGUCCGCCUUCCCCUCCGGUCUUGAGACUCUUUGAAAUCGGUACGGUUAGGCUUUGAGACCGUCCUCGGAGUUCCCUCCCCGGCAGAGCUCAGAGUGCAUGCUGCGAGAAACAGAGUGCAAGAAUGGAGAAUGUAACAUUUGGUUCCCCAUGUGAGUCCUUGUCUGUGGACCAGUUGAACACAAGUAUUCAAACUCCAGUUCAUUCCAACACAGUGGUGAAAACGCCAAUGAGUACUAGUCUCCGGGAGCGGCUGAAGAAAACACGGCGUUCCUUUAAUUCUCCCUUCAUUGUGCCAAAGCGAUUAAAAGUUGACUGUGAUGGCGAGGGUAAGAACAGUUCAGAGACUGGUAUGGACCUGGGUAUCAGAGAGAUUGGUGAAACUUUUGCUGCUGGGAGUGUUGUGUGCAUGAAGACAGAAAGCCCUUGCAAAAAGGCACUGGAUGGAUGGCAUAAAGUGGAUGCAGAAGGGAAAGGGUUGCAUUCUGGACCCUCCCGAACAACCUUGCGAAAUGCCUGGACUCCAGCCAAGUCACCAAGACGUUAUCCUGGGACUGUGAGCGUCGAACAUCAGGCACUACUUGAGGAAAGGAAUCGACUGCAAGGGGAAGUGCAAAGGAAAGAAGAGCUUCUUCGCAGGUUGAAAAUGGUUCAGGUGUAUAGGGCAAAGAAUAAUUUGACAGAACUGGGGUCGCUGAUAGAGAAAUGGAGGAAGAGCAGCCAAAAUUUGCUUUACGAACUUCAAAUGGCCCUUGCUACUGACAGCAAGCCCACUCUCACUCAACUCAUAGACAGCUUGGCUGCGGAAGAUAGACUGCUGCAUUACAACAGGAUUGAGGAGGACUUCAUAGAUACAUGAGGAUC